AUGUACCGAAACUUGCACUCAGCAGGAACCAAUCCACAUUUCAACCACUUCGAUCCAUCCGAGCAAGAGAUGUCCUCCUCAAAGUCCUCAUCGAAACUGAUGUUCAAAGGAGAGAAGAAGGAGAAGAAGAAGCACAAGAAACGACGAAGAGAUGAGAAGGAGUCGAACGAAGACGGUCCAGGAAGCUCCGAGCCCAGCGAAGGCUGGCUGAACCCACCCAGCCAAGCGCACAUCCUGGGACCGUUAUAUAUGAUCUGUGUGCAACCGACGUACGGGAAUGUGCUCGAGACGAAGCCGUGUGCGAUCGGGAUCCAGCCGUCGCCGGUGACGCCGAUCGCCAAGGUGGUCCCGGCGCCGCUCUCAGCGAGCGCCCUGGCGAGCCUCGAGCCCGACGAGGUCAACCACGUCAUGGUCUGCACCAGGGUGAUCGACAGCGACGACAAGGUGACCCUUCGGACGGCCACCGGCCGCUACCUUGCCGCCGACCAGCUCGGCGCCGUCUCCGCCGAACAAGAGGCCCGUGGCGCCCAGGAGGAAUGGGCUUUCGAGCCCCUCGCGCUCCCCGAGGACCAGCCCUCGGGCUCGACUACCAACCCGGACGGCCACCAGAGCCCCCCCGACGGCCUCUUCGCCCUCAAGUCUUGCCUCUACAACAAGUAUCUGACCGUCGAGGAACUCGCAUCCGGAAAGCUCGACAUCCGAUGCGACUCUGACUCCCCCGCUGACGAUUGCUCUCACAUCCUCGUCAGGAUGCAGGCUGGCGAACUCGUCAAGGCGAAGAAGAGGCUCGCAGACGAACGGGCUAAGAAGGGCCUCUCUGCUAAAUCCAACGAGUCCGGCCUCACCAUCCUCAAGCCGGGGCAAACCUUCCACGACCUCGAGGCUAACAAUAUUCGCCAAUAUCAAGCAAGAGGUGCAGGCCGAUUACAACUCCCAUCCGAAAGCAAAUCCGGGCUAAAGAAAGCAAGGAAAGAGGGUCGACUGGCCGAGGAACUACUCGACCGACGCUCCAAGCUGAAGAGCGACCGGUAUGCUAAGUGAUUUACUCUCCAUAAUCUCUCCGCACUCCGAUGAAAUCAUAGUGUGCCCUCUGAUUCCGGAAAAACGUUGCUAUUUCUAAAGAAAAAAUGUAACUCUAUAUUAUAAAUCAAUUCAUCAUUGUGAAUGAUGAUGAUCAAGAUCCUUUCUGUAAGUUCCAGGAAAGCCAGCUUCAAGCAGCAUCCAUGAUCCUCUCCGUCUCCCCGACUUAUCAAUCCUAGGCAAUAAAGUCAAAUAAGUUUUUGGCAGACAUGGUUAUCAUAUGUAGCUUCGAACCGAAUUCCAACAGACUAGUUCGCUGCUUAGAGCUCAACUCCGUAUAUGAUCCGAUGCCUUCUUCACCGCUCAAUCCUCGUUUUGAUAAUUUCUUGAGAAGAAGUCUGGAUAAUUUCAAGAUUGGUAGGAUGUGUUCAGCCAGCUCUCUCUGAGUAUCUGACAGCUUGAAUCUCUCGAGCUCUACUACUAAAGCCGAAUCAAUGGAACGCAUAUAGGACAUCCAGCCGUGUUGAACGAUGUCAAGUUCAGACCCUUCUAUCCAUUCAAUCAGACGCUGGGUUGCCUCGGAAGAAUCAGCUGUACAAUGGAUUAUUCUGGCCCUGAUCCAAUGCGGCUCGUCGGGGAACUUGGGCUCGUCGGAUGAGAGUUUCAGGUGUAGGAUGAGGUCCUCGGAAUUGCUGAAGAGUUGUUGGUUUCGUAGCGCCAAAUCUUGGAUCCGUUUCUCUAAGCCGAUCUUCCUAACGUCUUUGAAGUCACGA